GUAGGUUUUCAUCCAAAGUGAAAAUGAAAUCCAAAUAUUCUCUGUUUUUUUGUCUUCUACUUUUGUCUGUUUUAGUCAUCUCAUGGGCUACACAAAUCCACACAACUCAAGAUGAGAAACAAGUUUCAGCAAAGGAUGUAGCACAUGUGGACAACGAUGGCAGUUAUGAAGAUGGGAAGUAUGCUACAGGACCACCGCCUGGCUGGGGAGGCUUCGGUGGAGGCGGCGGCGGCGGUGUAUGGAGAGGAGGCGGCGGGAAGGGCGGGGGUGGAAAAGGAGGAGGCAGAAACUGAGAUCAUAACAAAAAUGUAAUAUUAUAUAUGAUGUAUGUUUGAAGGAAUAAAAGUGUGUGUGUAUAAUAUAAGUAUAAGUAACAAAGUUUGAAUAAUUCAGGAAGCAGAGUGAUUCCAAUAAGCUUUGAAGCUAUGGAUUUCCCUCGUGAAGUAUGUGUGUCAUUGCCAACACUCCUUUCUUUGUUUCUUUCUUUUUUUGUUGUGAGAUAUAUUAUGAGCCAAUGUAAAAAAUGAAUAAAAUAACGGCAUUAUUAAAUAA